AUGGGGAUCCUGGUCUUCUGUGAGAUACUGACUGCUCCAACAGAGAGAGAGAAAGCAAGAGACCAGAGUCCCGGGAAAGUCCUGCCGCGCCUCGAGACAGUUAUAAAAUUGUGGCCCCCUGGGUCAGCCUUGCAGCCACCGACCUCACCUGCCGCGGCCACAGGUCUGCAUCCAGCGGCUCGCCCAGUGUCCCUGCAGUGCCGGCCCAGCAUGUGCCCAGCGCGCAGCCUCCUCCUUGUGGCCACUCUGGUCCUCCUGGACUGCCUCAGCUUGGCCAGAAAUCUCCCCGUGGCCACCCCAGACCCAAGAAUGUUCCCGUGCCUUCACCACUCCCAAACCCUGCUAAGGGCUGUCAGCAACAUGCUCCAGAAGGCCAGACAAACUCUAAAAUUUUACCCUUGCACUUCUGAAGAGACUGAUCAUGAAGAUAUCACAAAAGAUAAAACCAGCACAGUGGAAGCCUGUUUACCACUGGAAUUAACCAAGAAUGAGAGUUGCCUAAAUUCCAGAGAGACCUCUUUUAUAACUAAUGGGAGUUGCCUGGCCUCCAGAAAGACCUCUUUUAUGAUGGCCCUGUGCCUUAGUAGUAUUUAUGAAGACUUGAAGAUGUACCAGCUGGAGUUCAAGGCCAUGAAUGCAAAGCUUCUGAUGGAUCCUAAGAGGCAGAUCUUUCUAGAUCAAAACAUGCUGGCAGUUAUUGACAAGCUGAUGCAGGCCCUGAAUUUCAACAGUGAGACGACGCCACAAAAAUCCUCCCUUGAAGAACCGGAUUUUUAUAGAACUAAAACCAAGCUCUGCAUACUUCUUCAUGCUUUUAGAAUUCGGGCAGUGACCAUUGAUAGAGUGAUGAGCUAUCUGAACGCUUCCUAAAAAGCGACGUCCCUCCAGACCAUUGCCAUUUUUAUAAGAAUUUGAAAUGAAGAAAUUUUGAUAAGGAUGUGGAUUAAGAACUAGGGAGGGGGAGUCUUGACUGGGCCCUACUUAAUCUCCUAUAGGAAUUCUCAUGCUUAUAUUUACAAUAGUGUACCACCAAAAUGUGAAGGAUGGGACUAUUACAUUCACAUGAUACCUCUGAUCGAGUAUUUUUCACAUUUACUGUGGAUAAAUUGUUUUUAAGUUUUCAUAAACAAAUUGCUAAGGAGGGAAAAUGUCCAUCCUGAAAAUGUUUUUCAUUCACUUUAAUAGAAGAGCAAGGAUUUAUAAGCUAUUUCUGUACCAAAGUGUUUGUAGAAACAAACAUGUAAGCAUAAUUUAUUAUAAAAUAUUUAUUUAUAUAACUUUG